GAUGCCACAACAGAGGACAUGUUAUCAUCAACAGAGGAGAUGCUCUCAUCCCCAACCUUCCUGUCGAACCUUGCCACCUUUUUGAAGCCCCCACACGUCCUAUUGCAAGUGCUGGCGAACGAUCCUCCCACAACCACACCUGACGUGGAUGAAGCUCUUGAGCUGCUGCCUGAUUUUCCAUGCUCUUUGCAAGAUCCAUUUCCCAAAGGUGCCCUACAGGUGGACGUACAUUCCCUCCCCCUUAGCCUCCAGCUUGAGCACCCAACGCUUCAAUUGCUGAGGAACAGGAUGAAGCGAGGGAGCAAGCCUGGCAAGAGACGAGAUGGGUGCAAGCUGGGCCUCGUUGUGGAAGGCGGUGGAAUGAGAGGUGUUGUCUCAGGUGGCAUGCUGAUGGCAGUUCAUGACUUGGGGAUGCGGGAUGCUUUUGACGCUGUCUAUGGGAGCUCAGCAGGUGCCAUCAAUGCCACCUAUUUUCUCACAGGGCAGCCAUACGGCCUCGAUGUGUAUGCCGAUGACAUUUCAAACAAGACUUUCUUGGACUUCAAGCGCAUCAUUGGGCCUGACCCUGUGAUGAACCUGGACUUUUUGAUCGACUACGUUAUGAAUGAGGUCAAGCCAAUGGAUUUCGAGAAGGUUAUCGAUUCUCCCAUCCCCCUGAAAGUCGUUGCAUCAUCAUUGGAUACACUGCAGCCGAUCCUCCUUCAGAGUUUUUCAACGCCCCAGGAAUUGGCUGAGGCCCUGAAGGCUUCAGCCACAGUACCUGAAAUCGCUGGUAGCCCAAGGGUGAUCCAGGGUGAAAGGCUGGUGGAUGCAGCUGUGUUUGAACCCAUUCCCUACAGGGCUGCCAUCAAGGAUGGGUGCACCCAUGUGCUUGCCCUGUGCAGCAAACCACCCAGUGUGCAGAGUCCUGUUCAGAAGGUGGUAAGAAAGGUGGUUGACAUAGCUGUUAAUCGGAUAAUAAACAACCCUCCAUACAUGAAGGCUGCUUCCCAGGUUUGGCUGGAGGAGAUGAAAACGAAUGGUGGACUGACACAGGAAGAGCUGAUGUUGAUAUCCAUGUUCCAGGGGCUGAAAGGGGGAUCGCCCUCAGCUGCUGGGGGCCAGAUUUUGCCCAUAUACCCACCGCCCCGGCAUUUUCUUUCUCCGACUUGCACAGUUCCCUCCAAGUUGAGGAUGGGGGCGGAAGCUGGCAGACUGUCUGCAUGCAGGGUGCUUGAGCCCUUGGCAAGUGGGCCGACAGGUCUUUUUCCGUUCUUGAGCAGCAGGGUGCUUGAGCCCUUGGCAAGUGGGCCGACAGGUCUUUUGCCAUUCUUGAGCAGCAGGUGGAACAUAUAG